CUUCUUUCUUUUCUUUUUUCAUUCACCUCUGUUAAACUCACUCCCUUUUUCUUUUUAUUUGCUUCGCGCAUUUACAUCACGUUUUUGAAGUGAUUCGCCUAUUCUUUCAAAGACUCUCUUUUUUCUGCAAAACGACGAUUUAUCCUUUUGCAUUGUUCGACAAUUUCUUCCUCCUGGAUAUUGCAUGAGCCCUUUAUCAUUGUUCUAUUACGAGAUUUUAUCUGUUCGAUCUUGAUUUUCUCGUAUUAUCCUUGGCUUAUCAUUUAAAUUCAUCGUGAUUCUAUUUAUUUCUCGUCAUGUCACCUACUAUCGAUGAACCCACCUCCUUGUUGCUGCAAGAUUUCCUAGUUGAACCGGCCAAGGUUGAACAUAUCCUCGAUCGUCUCACUUCCGAUCAAAUUGAGAUGAUCGAAUCUACCAUCAACCGUGUUAAGCGCAGAAAGUUCGUCAAGCAACAGCAAGUAUCGACGGCAACCGAUCCCGCCGCCGCCGUGGCUGUAUUGGCCGAUGCGUUAGCUGCAGCUUUGACCGCCACUCCCUUGCAGCCCGGAUCAGUAAAGGAAGCAUCGACCACCCCUUCACCGCCGCCACCUUCUUCCGCUUCCAGUGGCGGCAUUCCAUCGCACGAUCUUACUGCCGAAGUUAAGGAUGGCGUGGAAUGGGUCUCCUUUGUCUAUUCUCACAAUCGCACCCUCAAACGAUACAAGAUUCGUACCGAUAUCCAUACCAUCUCUUUGGAUGCCAUUGAUGACAAGUUCAAGAGUGAAAACUGCGUUUAUCCUCGUGCCAAUCUCCCCAAGGAGACAUACCGUGGCAAUCGAUGGGCGUACGAAACCGAGUGUAAUGUGUUGGGAUGGAAACUGGCCUGGUUGAAUGCGGCCGAUAUUUCUGGUAAACGUGGGUUGAUUCAACGAGCCGUGGACAGUUACCGGAAUCGAUAUCCGAGUAUGCGAUCACGACGCGUUGCUCGUCAGGAGAAGUUGUUGAACGGUACGUUGCGAAAGAGAAAGAAUAAAGAGAUGGAGGAAGAAACCUUGGCCGAUAUUGCUUCGUCUUUGGCGUCGUGCAACGCCGCUUUCACCGCUUCCAUCUUCACUACUCCCACCACUUCCACAACGUCGCCUCUCAAUGCAUUGAUCGUCAAACCGGCCAAUCAUCCCAAAACGUUGGCCAUCGAUGACUUGAACACCAACACGCGUCACAAAAUCAAAAUCAAUGUGGAAACGGUCAAUUUGGACGAUAUCACACCCGAGUUCCGAAAAGCCAACUGUCCUUAUUCUCGUGUGAUGGGAAUGGAAGCCGAUCACUACAUCGCUGGUCGUACGCGUUGGUUGGAGGAAACCAUGUGCAACGAACUUGCUUGGAAAUUGGCGUGGCUCAACCCCAAGAUCCUCGCCAACAAGAAGAAUCUCCUUCAACGCGCCGUCGACAUGUAUCGUACAAAGUUUAUUCCAUCCUUGCAUCCCCGUAAAAAUUCCACCCGAUCACCUCCGAUUGCUCCUCCACAACCUCCUCAGAUGCCAAUGAUUCCCACCAUGCCACUCACGGUGUCGGCGUUGUCGGAACAAAAUGCACGAUUCGCUAGACAAGAAAAGAAUUCCACCCCCGGUUCACCCACUCUUUCUUGUGUGAGCGGCACCACGGCGUCGCUUGAUUUUGGGGAUUGUUUCUCGCUGGCCGAUGAAUCCUCUUCCGUCCAGGCGGCGGAUGAACAAGAAGACAAAUCACUUGCCACCACCACUACCACCACCACCAUCACUGCUACUACUGCUCUCACCACCCCUUCGUCCUCUUCCAUUCCGCCUCUUCCUUCCAUCCCCACCGCUACCCUCAACAACGACACCCUUUCUCCCAUCAGUGCAUCUUCGUUUUGGCAAGACACCAACGCCGCCACCCAUCGAUUACUGUCCCCUGGAUUCGACGAAUCAAGCUGUCACACCGCCUCCACUUCCAACAGUGUAGCGUGCACGCCCAGUCCUCCAGCCUCUUCGCUCUUUUUCGGAAUGUCCGAUAUGGAUCUCUAUGACUCAUUUAUGCUCCCUCCCGUCAACGACACCUUCCUUACCCUCAACGACCAAGAUUUGGGACUCAAGUAUUACGAUCCUUUAACCUCGCCCUCCCUUCCUUCGAGUGCUUUGCAACAACAAGAUGUGAUCAAAAUGGAAGAUUUUGAUGACGGUUUCAAUGCUGGACAAUUGUUGGAUCCUUUGUUCUAAAUGUUUUUUUUGGUUGUGUCCUCGUUUCCCCCCUAUGCGCGUGUUUGUAUAUAGUUCAAAAGAAAAAAAAGUAUCAUAGUUUUUUGUAAUUUGUCAUUUUGUUAUAUUUUUGUGUUCUUAUGUUUUUUGUCUAUAGCUUUUUAUAGAUUAGAUCUGCAGAGGAAGAAAAAAAAAGUGUCCUUUUCAUAAUAAAUAGUCUGUAG